AUGCAACACUAUGAAUCCAUGAGAAAGAAAAAGUCUCUAUUUGGAAUGAAAGACAAGAUUGAAGAAAUUGUAAAUUUGGAUGUCAUUUCUCAUCAUCGAUCUUCCCAUUCUUCAGAACUCGCGACAAGGGACACUUCCUCCUACUUUUCAUUAUUGGAUGAAAAUUCAUCCUUAAUUCCAUCCAUCAAUGACAUUCGUCGAAAUUUGGCUCCAAAAUCCAAACGUAAAAGAACAUAUAAGAGAUUAUAUUCAGUAGACACUAUGAGUGGUAUUCCAGUUCCUGGUGACUCUAAUUUUGAUGUGUUAAAUGCUCCUAAAUAUCCGUCACCGCGGACACUUGCUGGAGAUAUUGUUUUAACCAUUGUUGGUGCCAUUCAAUUAAUCAUUACAGCAACAUUGAGUGUAACCUAUGUGAAAUAUUUUGUCACACUCGAGGUGAAGAAACGAUUUAAAUUGAAGAAACGUGAAACAUGGGACAGCAUUCCAAGAAAUCGUCAUUUUUAUUGGAAAUUCUUUUUAUACAUUUUGAGAGAUACACAAUUGUGGUUUUUCGUUAUCUAUUUCAUGUUGAGUAUGAUGGGUUUAUUAAUUUCUCCACUCGUUUAUAGUAUUCAACUUUUUGAAAUUGUGUUCAGAUUUAAAUCAUUGACUGAUGUAUUGAAUGCUGUCAUUUCGAAUGGAAAGAAAUUAUUCUUUGCUGGAAUGUUGUUAUUGAUUGCCAUGUUCUUCUUUGGAUUACUCUAUUUCACAUGGUACAGUUAUGAUUUUAUCACCACAACUACCAAUCUCAAUACUUGUGACACAGUGUUAGCAUGUUUUGUGACAACAUUUGAUUAUGGAUUUAGAACAGCAGCAUCGUGGGAGAAUAUUUAUGCACCAGAUCCUGGAGUUGGAAGAGCUAUUUUGGAUUUGAGUUUUACAUUGAUUGUUAUUGUGUUUUUAACCAACGUGGUGUUUGGUACCAUUCUCGACUCAUUCCAACAACUGAGAAAAGCACGAGAAGAACGAAAAAAGGAAAUUACUGAAAAAUGUUUUGUCUGUGCUUUGGAAAAGAGCAAAUUCGACACCAAAGCCAACGAAGGAAUUACCUUUGAAAAACAUAUUAAGGAAGAACAUUAUUUGUGGAAUUAUGUUUACUUUUUAAUUUAUUUAUAUGAAAAACCAGAGACAGAAUAUACUGGAACAGAAAGUUACAUUUUCCAAAAAUGUGAAGAUAAUGACGAUGUGACAAGCUUUUUCCCAAUCUUUAGAUCCAAGACCAUUGAAGAGAGUGAAGAGAAUCAUCAUCUUUCUGCCUCCCAACAAGCACCAUUUAAGGAAAAUCAUUAA